AUGUCUGCUGCUCAAGACAACCCAGGCCGUGGACCUCUAAUUAUGGGUCUAACUUGGUCAUUUGCUGUGUUAGCUACUAUAACUGUUGGUCUUCGGUUUUACAUUCGUGUCGAACUUAAUAACCGUCCUUCGUUGGAUGACUGGCUAAUUGCCGUUGCCCUUAUCUUCAAUUUUGUCUCUCAGUCAUUCGUGAGCGUUGGCUUUACAUAUGGACUUGGAAAGCAUGAUGCCAACUUACAGCCGAACCAAUUAAUCAACAUCUUGAAAUGGAUGUGGCUUGCCAACACUCCGGGGCUUCUUGUUGCUAUCACUGCACGCCUCUCCAUUGCCAUGCUUCUCGUUCGUCUUUUUGGAAAAGUCCACAAAUGGCUCAAGUGGUUCUUAGUUGUGGUAUCGGGACUCUGCACCAUCCUGACAGCUAUCAUAAUCCCAUGCACAUUUCUGCAAACCACUCCUGUUAGCGGAAACUGGAAUCCAUUCCAGCCAAGUAAACGCUGGAAUCCAAUGAUCUAUAUUAGUCUUGCAUUCCUUACACAAUCCCUGUGGACUUUCACAGAUUUAAUGUUUGUGUUAUUCCCCGUGAUCAUUAUCUGGAGGCUUCAAAUGAGCCUAGGGAAACGAAUAAGUCUUAUACUUCUUAUGAGUGCAUCCCUCCUUACGAUGAGUGUAUCGAUCCUUAAAACUAUAAGUCUCCAACACAUCGCCAAUCAGCAAGCUGACCCUACUGCCACUGAUGUCCAAUACGAGUCCUCCAUUACCAUCUUAUGGUCCUGUCUUGAGCAAGCAUUCGUCAUCAUUAUGGGCUGCGUUCCAGCUUUGGGAUCCUUUACAAAACUAAAGACUGCACAGCCAUUACUGACUUCUUUGGAUAGUGUCUUACGGUUGAUAAAUCCAUUCAAGAGAUCUAUAGUAAAUAGAGCGGCAAAGGGUAAUGGCACGAAUUCUCGGGACUACGAGGAUUUGGAAAUGCCUAAAGCUAUAUCAGGCUGGAGAGAUGGUUUAUAUGGACCAGCCCUUGACAAGUCACUAUCCUCACUGGAAGGAAAUCCGCUGGGUGGGUGUUCGACCGCCACGAGAAAUGAUUAUAACUACGUGUGA